AUGGUGAGCGAAGACGAGGCCAGCGGCAAGGCGGCGGCGAUAUUCGCCGACAUCAAGGCCACCAAGGGCCUGUCGUUCGUGCCCAAUUUCUGGCGCGUUCUGGCGACGAACCCCGACCACCUGGAACUGGUGUGGACGAACCUGAAAACCCUCAUGCACCCGGAGACCGUCGGCCGCCAAUCGCCGCUCGACCCGCUGACGCGGGAGAUCAUCGCCCUGGCCGUGUCGGCCACCAACGGCUGCGCGUACUGCACCAACUCGCACACGGCGGCGGUGCGCAAGCUGGGCCUGGAUACCGAGGGCCUGGGCGAGGUGAUGGCCAUUGUCGGGCUGUUCAACACCACCAACACCCUGGCCGACGGUUAUCAGGUCCAGCCCGACGUGCUGCCGCCGCUGGAUUGA